AUGCAGGGACGUUUCCAUCCCUAUGAGCAUAACAUGAAUUUGGCGCUGUGUGCUUUCCCUGUGAGAGUUAUGCAUCAGUUGGGAGUGAAGCGGAUGGUGGUCUCAAAUGCCGCUGGAGGAGUCAAUCCGAAGUUCAAGUAUGGAGACCUUAUGCUCAUUAAGGACCACAUCUUUCUACCAGGUCUGGCUGGGUUUUCACCUCUUGUAGGCUUGAAUGACGGCCGCUUCGGAGCACGUUUCGUCUCCGUUCAUGAUGCCUACGACAAGUCUUUGAGGAAGCUUGCAAAGGAUAUUGCUAGAAGACAAGGAAUCCUACUACAUGAAGGAGUUUACUGUAUGUCUGGAGGUCCACAGUACGAAUCUCCUGCUGAGGUGAUGAUGUUCAAAACGGUGGGAGCAGACGCGUUGGGUAUGUCCACUUGCCACGAGGUGACAGUGGCGACGCAGUGUGGCAUCAAGGUUCUUGGCUUCUCGCUCAUCACAAAUAUCGCCAAUACCGACGUUGACAAUGCCGUACUUGUAUCCCAUGCGGAGGUGCUGCAAACGGCAAAGGAAGCUGGCGAUCGAGCCUCAAAAUUCGUCAAGGAGAUCAUCAAGCAUUUCCCUACGGAUUCUUCCUAG